GGUCGAGCUAGGUUAACAAUAUACAGAAGCUCAAACCUCAAAGCAAAUCAUCGCAUUUUCUCAAGAUUCAUCUGUUUUCUCUUCAAAUUAGCAGAUCUAAGCAAAACCCAGAAGAGAUUUUAAGCUCAGAAAAUGGAAUCAGCUGCUAGAAGAAGCGGUGGUGGUGUUCUUGAAGGAUUUUACCGGCUUGUUAUGCGCCGUACCCCUGUCUAUGUUACCUUUGUCAUCGCCGGCGCUUUGCUCGGCGAACGGGCGGUGGAUUAUGGGGUUAAAACGCUCUGGGAGAAGAACAAUGUUGGGAAGCGUUACGAGGAUAUUUCAGUUCUUGGACAGCGGCCUGUUGAUGAAUAAAUUUACAAUAAUGAAGUUUAAUUGAGCCGAGACAGAAGUACUUGUUAUCGAUUUUUCAAUAAUCGUUUUGCUAAUUCGCCAUUUCUGGCUUUCUUUUAUAUAUUUGCUGUAGUUUUGAAGGAAAUUCAUUGAAUGAAAUAUGAUACCAACUUGAAAUUUAUGUCAUAUUGGCUUGUGUUUGACACUGGGAUGACAGGAAAAUAAUC